UCGCCUCGCCGGGGCUCCGAGAGUGGCCGGAGCCACCGGGGUGCGAAGGCCGGCGACGGCCGAGGGAUGCGCCGCAUCCCGCGGAGCCGGUCCCGCCGCUCCAGGUGAGACGGCUCCCGGAGCGCAGCGAGCCGCGGCCAUGGGCACCCUGGGCAAGGCAAGAGAGGCUCCGCGGAAACCUUGCCAUGGCUCCAGAGCUGGCCCCAAAGCAAGACUAGAGGCCAAAUCAACCAACAACCCUCUCCCCACCCAGCCCAGCUUGGCCCAGAUUACCCAGUUCCGAAUGAUGGUGUCCCUGGGACAUUUGGCCAAAGGAGCCAGCCUGGACGAUCUUAUUGACAGCUGCAUUCAAUCUUUUGAUGCGGAUGGAAACCUGUGUCGCAGUAACCAGCUCUUGCAGGUCGUACUGACCAUGCAUCGGAUCAUCAUCUCCUCGGCCGAGCUGCUGCAGAAACUCAUGAAUCUAUAUAAGGAUGCCUUGGAAAAGAAUUCUCCAGGAAUUUGUCUGAAGAUCUGCUACUUUGUCAGGUAUUGGAUAACAGAAUUCUGGAUCAUGUUCAAAAUGGAUGCCAGCCUGACCAGCACCAUGGAAGAGUUUCAGGACCUGGUGAAAGCCAAUGGUGAGGAGUCACAUUGCCGCCUCAUCGACACAUCGCAAAUUAAUUCUCGAGACUGGUCCAGGAAACUGACUCAACGAAUAAAAUCAAAUACCAGCAAGAAGCGGAAAGUCUCCCUGCUGUUUGACCAUCUGGAGCCUGAAGAACUGUCUGAGCACCUCACCUACCUUGAAUUCAAGUCCUUCCGAAGGAUAUCUUUCUCUGAUUAUCAAAAUUACCUUGUAAAUAGCUGCGUGAAGGAGAACCCCACUAUGGAGCGCUCCAUUGCCCUGUGCAACGGCAUCUCCCAGUGGGUACAACUGAUGGUUCUCAGCCGUCCCACCCCACAGCUCCGGGCAGAGGUCUUCAUCAAGUUCAUCCAUGUGGCCCAGAAGCUCCACCAGCUACAGAACUUCAACACGCUGAUGGCAGUGAUAGGGGGACUGUGUCACAGCUCCAUCUCCAGGCUCAAGGAGACAAGUUCACAUGUCCCACAUGAGAUCAAUAAGGUUCUGGGGGAGAUGACUGAACUACUGUCAUCCUGCAGAAACUAUGACAACUACAGGCGAGCCUAUGGGGAGUGCACCCACUUCAAAAUCCCCAUCCUGGGGGUGCACCUCAAGGACCUCAUUUCCCUGUACGAAGCCAUGCCCGACUACCUGGAGGACGGGAAGGUGAACGUCCAAAAGCUCCUGGCUCUUUACAAUCAUAUCAAUGAACUGGUCCAGCUGCAGGAGGUGGCCCCACCACUGGAGGCCAACAAGGACUUGGUGCACCUGCUGACGUUGUCCCUGGAUCUAUACUACACAGAAGAUGAAAUCUAUGAGCUUUCCUAUGCCCGUGAACCAAGGAACCACAAAGCCCCACCGCUAACACCUUCGAAGCCACCAGUUGUAGUAGACUGGGCCUCUGGAGUGUCUCCCAAACCUGACCCAAAGACCAUCAGCAAACACGUCCAGAGGAUGGUGGAUUCUGUCUUCAAGAACUAUGAUCUCGACCAGGAUGGCUACAUCUCUCAGGAGGAGUUUGAAAAGAUUGCUGCAAGCUUUCCGUUUUCCUUCUGCGUGAUGGACAAAGACAGGGAAGGCCUCAUCAGCAGGGACGAGAUCACAGCCUACUUCAUGAGGGCCAGCUCCAUCUAUUCCAAGCUGGGUCUGGGCUUUCCGCACAACUUCCAAGAGACCACCUACCUGAAGCCCACUUUCUGUGACAACUGUGCUGGCUUUCUCUGGGGAGUAAUCAAGCAAGGAUAUCGCUGUAAAGACUGCGGGAUGAACUGCCAUAAACAGUGCAAAGACCUGGUGGUGUUCGAGUGCAAGAGGCGAACCAAGAGCCCAGCAGGCUCCACAGAGAACAUCAGCUCUUUGGUGCCGAUGUCCAACCUUUGCCCACUGGGAACCAAAGAUCUGCUCCACGCACCUGAAGAAGGAUCUUUCAUAUUCCAAAACGGGGAGGCUGCGGACCACAGCGAGGAGAGCAAGGACCGGACCAUCAUGCUCCUGGGGGUGUCCUCGCAGAAGAUUUCGGUUCGGCUGAAGAGGACUGUCGCCCACAAGACCACCCAGACGGAGCCGUUCCCUUGGGCUGGUGGCGAGACGCCCCCUGGCCACUUCGUGCUAUCUUCCCCGAGGAAGUCGGCCCAGGGCGCUCUCUACGUGCACGGCCCCCCAUCGCCAUGCCCCAGCCCCGCCCUGGUCCGAAAGCGGGCCUUCGUCAAGUGGGAGAACAAAGAGUCCCUCAUAAAACCAAAACAGGAGCUUCACCUCAGGCUCCGCACCUACCAAGAACUGGAACAGGAAAUAAAUACCCUCAAAGCAGAUAAUGAUGCCCUGAAGAUGCAACUCAAGUAUGCACAGAAGAAAAUAGAAUCCCUUCAGCUUGAGAAAAGCAAUCAUGUCUUAGCACAGAUGGAUCACGGUGCUUGUUCUUAAUCCAGAAAUUCAAGGAACAGAGUCGCAGAGGGUGGACUAGGAUCUCACUUCAAAACUGACUGCAGAGGUUGAGGCAACUUUGGAACAACUGUCUUUAAAAGGGGAAAGCCAGACACUGUUGUCGGCGUAUUGUUCUGUUUUGUUUACCUAAAAUAUUUUUUAAGUGAGUCAUUGGUUUUCAGUCGGUUGACCCAAAGGAAAGAAAAGCUCAAGUAUGUAAAGCUUUGAGCAUUCAUAUUCAAACCGUUUUCUUUCUUUACUGGAACCAAUACCAAAUGAGUGCUAAAAUAAGACUACAGUUUCCUGAUCGUGUCUCACGCAGGCAGCCUGCUUUACUGAUCCAUACUUAGAUAAAAAGUCCCUGAAGAAUCAACUUGCUGCCUUCCCCAGGGUUUCUGCAAAUGGAGAGAUUUCCUUUGUUCUACCCAAAGCCUGCUCCUAAGGUAAACAAUGCCCUCAAAGUGGUGACUUUGACAUGCCUGCAUUGUUUGUCAAACUUAUCCCUACCUCACUACCUCAGAGCUCAUCAAGAGCCUCUUUCCUCCCAUCCUUCGCCUCCUUCCUCCCUUGCUCAUUGACACAUAUCUACCCCGAAGUGAACUCCUAGACAUGUAGCCUGGCUUUACAUCCAGAGCUUUUGAAGUGAAAUGGACACCCAUUGCAGGUCAGCUUACAGCUCUAGGUCUUAGUCAUCAAGAACUACAAAAUAAAACUCACUACCCCCAAACAGCAAUCACCAUGCCAUACAUGCAGCUAAUCAGCCAAACAACAAAAACGUGUUUGUCCAGAUAGUCUUUCUACAGAAUUGAGAACCUGUGGCUUUUUAAAAGAAAUAGUCUGUGGACGGUGUUUAAUUCCUCCUGCUCUAGUUUCUCUCUCUCUCUUCUUUUAAAGUAAACUAUCUUAAGGUCCUCCUUUGAACUGAAUCUGCGCUUAAACUGUCUUUCACUUUUACUAUCUAGAAAUAAGCUAACAGAUGUGAUGGCUUUAAGAGCUGAGAGCAUGUACAUAUGUGUAAAAUAUGUAUAUACAGUAUCAGGCAUGCAUAGAGCUUGGACCUUUUCCUUUAGAAAACUUUGCAGACGUGAACCAAACACCUUUUAGUCACUUACACAAAUUCACAUAGAGUUCUGUUCGUUCUAAGACAAAAGGUUAACAAUGUAAAUGAUACAAAACCAUGAGUAACAGUCUCUGAGUCCUCUUCUAUCCUGCAGGUUAAAAUCAAUGGUUUUGUCUUGUUGCCUAGGAAGCGAUCCACACACUCUCUCGUCAGCUUCCUUUUAGUCUUUCAAAAACCAUUUCAUCUGAUUGUGUCCUUUGGCGGAGACUUCGCUUCUGUGCUUGGAAGGUCUGCCACCACGCUAACUCGUAAUCCAUACGCAGGGUGAGCAAUUUCCAAGAGUAUCAUCUUAACAAAAUAAAUUCCAAACCUCGCUGGGCUGUGGUGACACACGCCUUUGAUCCCAGGGCAAGGGAGGCAGAGACAGCUGGAUCUCUGUGAGUCGGAGGCCAGCCUGGUCUACAGAGUAAGUUCCAGGUCAGCCAGGGCUACACAGGCUAUUUCCAAACCUACAGCCAACAGCAUCCCGUCUUCUUUGGAGGGAUGCAAACGGUGGACAGUGCUGCCCCCUGAGGUAUUCAGAUCACUUAAGAAGUUUCUCUGAUGAAAGGCCCUUGUCCAUUUGCAUACGUGCUUGCAGAGUUUUGGUGACAAAGGGCUGACUUAUGGUGAAUGUUUCACUAAACUCUAAUGAACCCUUUACACACAAAUGUAUCCUUAGUCUAUAUCCAAGCUCAGACCAUUCUCAAAGCAUAUCCACCACCUGGUAUGUGCACCUCUGGCAGGUGUACGUAUUCUAUGGAACAAUUACAUGGGACCACAUGACUAACGACAGACCUCAAAAUUUAUAUUUUUUCACUAUGGGUAUUUUUCUCUGCUAUGCACCCAUACGGGUGUUAAGCUCGAUUUUUUUUUUUUAAGACACUGUCUUUUUCUUAUUCCUCAUCCCCAAUAAAGAUCUCCCAACGAGUUUUGAUGUAAAUAAUCUGUAACAUAGGAAUUCAGAGGGCUUCAGUCACUUCUCAUAGCUAGAUGACAUGACAGACAGCGGGCAGGACGGGACAGGAAAGCCAGCAGGAGGCAGUGGUUUCAUCAUAGAUUCUUAUAGUACAGGACAGGGGACGUUUGGAGUCUGAGUUAGUUCUGUUCCUGCCCAGCUGUAGGCGCAGGUACGAUCUACCGAUACAAUCUGGAACAAAGUUUGGCUUAUCGUACUGACUUGAAAUGUUUGGGCAGAUGGGUGUCUGCUAAAACAAGGACCAAUCCUGUUGAUGAAGGGCAAUGUCACCUCUCAUCUUCUCGGUUGACUGACUCACCCCUUUACUGACCACUUGUGAAAUUCUGUCUAAAGGUGUAUAAUGUAAAAGCUGCGAGAAAAAUAUGUACAGAGUGUAAAAUUUUUUGAUACCUAUUGUAAGUUUUCUGUGUCUAAUAUUUAUAUGAUAAAAGAUAUUUGGA